ACAAAAUCAAUUCAUUUACCGGCUUUGUUCGUUCCGUUUCGGAGCACAAACCAAACAUGUGUCGACAAGCAUCAACUAUACUCGGACCAAUCUUAUUGGUUUGCAGUGUGACCUCGGAUAUCCUUCGGCCGAAUGGACCGCGCACCUGUCUAGCAGAGAGUGGCUGUCUGCAAGGCCGCUAUUUUACUAGCCCGAACGGGACUCAGUACGAGGCUUAUCUGGGCGUGCCGUACGCACGUCCCCCUGUUGGCGAGUUGCGAUUCAAAAAUCCCCAGCCCGUCGAACCGUGGACUGGAAACUAUAAUGCCACCUUUGAGCGAGCAAAGUGUGUGCAGAAAAAUGACCUGGAACCUAACGCUUCGGUGGAAGGAAGUGAAGAUUGCUUGUACAUGAAUGUGUACAAACCACAGCUUUCGAAAAACCCCGAUAAGCCUUUGGCGGUUCUAGUGUACAUUCAUGGUGGAGGUUACUUCGCCGGGUCAGCAUCGCAGGGUGAAUUCGGUCCGGAUCGUUUCAUGGACACUGGAGAGGUUAUCGUUGUUGUUAUGCAAUAUCGGCUAGGAGUGUUCGGAUUUCUGUCCACCGGAGAUGAAUUUGCUUCUGGUAAUUUUGGUUUGAAGGAUCAGAACGCUGUUCUGAGAUGGGUUCAGAAGAAUAUUGCCCAGUUUGGUGGUGAUCCAACGCUGGUGACGCUGUUUGGACAAAGCGCUGGCGGGUCAUCAGUGCAAAUGCACAUGAUGAGUCCACUAAGCAAAGGUUUGUUUUCCCGUGCGGUCAUCAUGAGUGGAAGUGCACUAGGGUUUUGGCAUCGGCCUGUUGAAAAUCCCUUGAAGAUGGCUCAGGAACAGGCAGCCGCCGUAGGAAUCGACUCACCCAGCGCAAUGUCCUCCGAAGAAUUGGUACAAGCUCUACGCCAGGUGGAUGCUCUCGAGCUAGGUAGAAGUAUCGAUAAACUUAAGUUUUGGCAUAUAUACCCUUUGGUAUUCUGGCGCCCAGUAGUGGAAAAAUACGUGGAUAGUGCUACGUUCAUUAGCGAAGAUCCACGUACACUUUGGGCAAACGGAGCGUACCAUCAAAUACCGUGGCGAAUUGGUUAUGUGCCGAAUGAAGGGGCGUUUGCAUCGUUGAGUCUUAUCACUAAUAAAACUCUAAUUGAUGACCUUAACAAACACGCCGACUCGUACAUUCCUCGGAUGUUCGGCUGCAAGGAAGAUGAGAAAUCUCGACGAAUGUUGAGACAAAGAUUUUUUCCCGAUGGAACAGACGAGCAGUGGAUAACUGAAAAAAACUUUAAGCAAUUGCAGGAUCUGUUUAGUGAAGCGUUCAUCACUUUUCCGAUAACAUUGAGUGUGAAACAACACAUUUCCAAAGGUACAGAAAAGAGGACACCAUUCGACAUUUACUACUUCAGCUUCAAAGGGAAUCAUUCAUAUUCAAAAUAUUUCGCGCAAACGGAUCUUGACUUCGGGGUGUGUCAUUCUGAUGAUUUAUCCUAUCUUUAUCGCGCCAAGGCUCUGUUCAAGGAUUUCAAACCAAACUCCCCGGAGCUCGCAAUGGCAACUAAGUUGGUUGAUUACUACGUACAGUUUGCUUACAAUGGAGUGACAAACGAUGCCUGCUCAGGAGACUGUGUAGUACAGGAGUUCACCAAGUCCGGUGACCCAGACAAACCUGUCAAAAUCCAAAUCAAUAAGGCAUUCGACGAAGAAAUGUUUGCGUUUUGGAGGGAAAUUUAUAAUAUGUGAUUAUGGUUUUUUUUCACUACGCUAUGGUUUACAUACGACAACAAAACAAUGUUUAGACUUCUACCGUUACGAUUUAGAUUUACAUUCUUGAUACAAAAUAUGACCUCUGAUGUUCGGACGCAUCAAGAAACUAUAGUAAGUCUUUGAUGAUUGUCAUUCUAAAAAAUCUCUCCUGUGAAUUGAUUUCAUCGCAGUCGAAUAUUAGCUAUCAUUCUCACGACAGUCUCUCAAAAUAUACAAAUGAUUCGA